AUCAACUAUUACUUAUCGCAAUGUCGUCCCUCCUCCAGUACGCCAAUACCUACCAUGCUUAUGUAUUCGGUACCAGCUUCUGGUACUUCCUGAGGGGCAUCGUCCGUGUGAUAGAUCCGGCGACUGUAUGUGGCUGGUUUCGUCCCCCAGUUGACGGAUUGUUGGUCGAACCAAAUGAUCUCGAACUAUAUACGACACGUACGGAUGCGUUCUGUCUGCUCGCAUUGGCAGCAAUUCUACUCGCUGUAUCAGACGCCCUUCCGCUUCCUGGAGCAAUUACCGGGUCCUCUUUAUCCGACUACGCUCCUGUCUCGUACAAGAAGCCAUAUGCACGAGCCGUCAUCCUCAUCACGAUUCUGCAUCAUGUCGCUACUGGCGUAGGAGCAUACUCGCAUUGGUGCCUGGAGUCUCACCGUACUAUUGCCAUGGAUAUCGGUGUAUUCGGCAACGUCGGACUUGUGGCAUUGGGAAUUGCGGCGCUUCAGUAUGGGUUGGAGGACAGGAGUGGUGUGACCGAGCAAUUGAAGCAGGCCUGAUGAGUGAGAACUCGACCGCGUGGACGUUUCGUGAAUAUGACCCGGGGUUGAUGGGAUUUCCGUUCAUGUCCUCUGAUUGAUACCUUACGGCCGAAAUAGGGUUAUAAAUAGAACAGACCCGGCAUCCGAUGGAUUCUUCGCACUUCAAUAAUACUUGCUCAACCUCAGGUAGCAACACUUACCUUACCUAAGGUACAGGUAACUUCCAAAC